GUGAUGCGUUCUCUGUGUGUUGUCGUCCCACGCUGCUGGCGUCUGUUUCCUUUCGCCGAUCAUCGUCAGAUCGCCGUCAGCUGAUGAUGGGCAUCGCUAGCAACUCCAAUCGAGGCCCAUGUUCACAACUGGCACUACGUGCGCACAUCUUCAUCCCGCGCCCCAGGAUGGACCGAGGGCGACACCGACCUGACCUAAUCUGAUCGACGAUAUCUGCAACGUCUUCUCCGAAAGCUGUAUAGGUCGUCAUCAGCAAUAUCUCUCAGGGAGGUCCAAAGGCCUUCAGAAGGUGCACUCAGCCACCGUCACGGGUGAUCUCUAGGACACAAUGUCUUCCUCCCGGGACGCCCAAAAACAGCACCACGCCGUUGCUGAAGACCGCUACCAGGCACCGUUUGCAUGGGCGUCGCGCAAGCGGUCAGAUUCGCAGGUAGUUACGGAGGAUCCUCUUUCUGACGCUGAGCAGGACCAUGCCCAAGCAUCUGAUGAGCCCCAAGCACCAGAGGCCACCUGCGACGAAGUUAUGCCAUCAUCGCCCUACUUUGACGACAAAGAAGCAGCAGAGGCCGUCGCGUGGAUAAGGUCGGGUGCUGCGCCAAAGGGGACUGGCACACCCGCCGACGACGAGCCCUCUGUCCCCUCGGACUACUUUCAAGAUGGCGGAUGCGAAGACGACGAUAGUGCUGGUAUCAGUAUUAUGGGAAAGAAACGUCGCGACAGUCAGGUCGGCAGCUACGAUGGCGGAGGAAGCAUUUUCGAUGGGCCAAGUGCCGGAGCGAUUCCUAGCAGCAUGAGCUCCAUGCGUCGCACCUACGCACGCCCCGAACUCUCGGCCCGCGCAUCUUCCUCAUUAGCGCGGCGCCGCAUCUCGCGCGAAUUUUCGAGGUCUCCAUCAGCCCAUCGGGGUGCCAGCGGGAGAGCCCGGAAGACAUCCAUAGACUCGGUCAAUUCGCAGGCAGUGUCUAUUGGUGCAAGCGACGGAAUGGUGGACAAUUUCGAGCCGGGCGAUGCAGGGGACAACGAACAUGCAGGCCCGUCAUCUUUGAGGCGAGUCCGCACGAGUAGCUUCACGAGCAACCGGUCAAACCGAUCUGCAGGUGGUAUGUCCAUGGGCUUCGGGCGCAAGCGGCGUGUAGAACCGCGCGACGAGUUCCACCACGGCUCGCACACGCAGUCUAAAGGCAUCCUAGGCUCCAUCAUCUCCAGCCUUCGGGGUAGCGGGCACGACAAUGCAGAUGAGCAGGACGGCGGCGAGAUGCCGAGCUUCGGAAGGAGAACCAGCAUUUCUUCCAACCUCUCUCCAACCUCAAGACGCUCAGCCCGGAGCGGAAACGAUGAACGCGACUCGGGAGAACGCUACUCAGACUCGGACUCGGACGGCUACGGGCUCACCAUGGAUGAUGACGAAGACGACGACCUUGGGGUGCGAUCCGCGUCAUCCUCGGAUGAUGGUGAUACGCGCGACGGAGGCCUGCUGCCGUCUGCUUUUGGGACACUGAGUGGCGCAGUCGACCCUGUCUUCGGAGACAGCCGGUACACGAUCGAACACCUACCCGAGGACGAUCUCGCAGAGCAGGCGCUUGAAGAAAAUGCCAAUGCAGCUGGCGGCUUCAGUGGAUUUGGAGGAGGUACAAGUGGCAUCCGUGGGCUUGGUCGAAGUGUGGGCGAAGCGGAUGUCGAAGCAUAUGCUGCCGAUCCACUACUGCAGGCAAAGGCGGAUGAGGAAGCGGCACGGGCGAGGGAGAAUUUGGCGUAUCUCGAUAAGUCAUCUUGCAGCCGUCAGCAGGUCUACCUCGCCGAGGAAGAUACGCUGAUCCGCUUCACUGGAUAUCGAAUCAUCACGUCCCGUCGGCUCGCGUACAUCACCUUAUGCAUCCUCACACUUGGCAUCGUCUACCUCGUCAUGCGAUGGCUGCCGCGCCUACGUCUCAAGUGGCUGUGCAAGGAAGCGGAGUUCGCAAUCGAUGCGGAUUUUGUCGUCGUGGAGAACCAGUGGGGCGACUUAUUCGAGGCCAAGAUCGAGACGGUGCCGUUCGCCAGGCCACUCGCGGCCGUCUUUCCGCAUUGCACGAGCAAAGACCCCGCCUCGACGCAGGCAGAGUACCAGGCGCAUGUCGCCUUGCACAGCCAAGUGACCAGCAAGAACGUAUCGGCGGCUAGCAGCUUGCGCAAAGGCAAGGCUGGUGCAGGGCUUCCAAUGAAUACAGGCAGCGAAGCUGGCGCACUCGAGCAUCACAUCAAUGCACUUUCUGGCGUCGAAGCUGAACAACUUAUGGAACUUUCGUAUCUGGAAUACCGCUACACGCGCUUUGCGCUCCACCCUCCGACAGGCCGGUUCAGAAUGAUCAAGGAUUGGCGGGACCCGACAUGGACCUCCGUCUCUGCCGUCUCCUUGGGUGUUCCCUGGGACGGAGAGAAGGAUCGCAAGACGCUUUUCGGCGCGAACGUCAUCGACAUCGCCGCAAAGUCGUCCUGGACCCUCCUCGUGGAUGAGGUCCUGCAUCCUUUCUACAUGUUCCAAAUUGUCAGCAUCGUCCUAUGGAGUUUCGACAACUAUUACUACUACGCAUUCUGCAUCGCGCUCAUCUCCAUUGUCUCCAUCCUGACGACGCUACUCGAGACGAUGUCCACGAUUCAGCGCAUGCGGGAGAUGAGCAGAUUCUCGUGCGCAGUACGCGUACUCAGGGAGGGACAAUGGAUGGCUUGCGACAGUAGCCAGCUUGUCCCGGGAGACGUCUAUGACGUUGCAGAAUCAGGACUGCUCCUCUUUCCUGCGGACAGCGUGCUUCUCACCGGCGACGCGAUCGUCAAUGAAAGCAUGCUCACCGGAGAAAGUGUCCCAGUUUCGAAGGUACCUAUCACAGAUUCCAUGAUGGCCAGCUUGCAUAGGCCCGGCAGCGAGAUCAGUGCGGACCUAGCCAAACAUUUCCUAUUUGGUGGCACCCGCAUCAUCCGUAUCCGCGGCACCAACGGACUUGUGCCUGACACAAGCGAGUCUGGGGCGAAAGCGAUGGUUGUGCGUACGGGCUUUGACACCACGAAGGGCGCACUCAUCCGCAGCAUGCUCUUCCCCAAACCCAUGGGCUUCAAAUUCUACCGCGACUCUUUCCGGUUUAUUGGCUUUCUCGCUGGCAUCGCCUGUAUAGGCUUUCUCGUGAGCGCGGCCAACUUUGUUCAAAUCGGGAUCGCGUGGCACACCAUUGUAGUGCGUGCGCUCGACCUUAUCACCGUCGUCGUUCCACCUGCUCUCCCAGCGACAAUGAGUGUCGGCACUGCAUUUGCCAUCCAGCGCCUGCGUAAGAAUGGCAUCUUCUGCAUCUCACCGAACAGGGUCAACAUUGGUGGCAAAGUCAACGUCUUCUGCUUCGACAAGACUGGUACGCUCACUGCGGAUGGUCUCGACGUCUUGGGAACGCGCACAAUCGAUUUGCGUGGAAAGCGUUUCUCUGAAUUACAUGAGACGGUCGAAGAGAUGCCAGUCAACACAGGUGCCCCCAAGGAAGACACGGAUGCCCGGAAAUUGCCGCUUUUGUAUGCACUUGCGACGUGCCACAGCCUCAAGGUUGUCGAUGGCGAGGUGAUCGGAGACCCGCUCGAUGUCAAGAUGUUCGAGUACACCGGCUGGACGCUGGAUGAGGGCAAGGACCGAAUGGCCAAGGCCACCACAAAGACCGGAACAGCCAAGGAUGGCAAGAGCCGACUGACCGACCGACCCCCUGCGCUCGUCCAGACGGUCGUCCGGCCGCCUGGUGGCCAGGCCUUCGAAAUCGAAGACGCAAUGAAGCCUGGCAAACAUGCGCACUUUCUGGAGCUGGGGGUUUUGCGAACGUUUGAAUUCGUUUCACAUCUCCGAAGAAUGAGUGUCGUAGUCAAGCGCCUCAAAUCCGAGUCUAUGGAGGUCUUUGUCAAGGGUGCACCCGAGGUGAUGACCGACAUUUGCAUUCCUGAGUCCUUCCCAGCCGACUAUGACGACUUGCUGGCAUACUACACGAAGCAUGGUUACCGCGUCAUUGCAUGUGCCGGGAAGAGUAUGCCCCGCAUGAGCUGGAUCAAGGCUCAGCGUCUGAGGAGAGAGCAAGCCGAGAGCGGGCUCAGGUUUCUCGGGCUGAUCAUCUUCGAAAACAAGAUCAAGGAGGGUACGCCGCCGGCGAUCGAGGCCCUGCGCGAAGCGAGUAUCAUCUGCAAGAUGGUCACUGGUGAUAACCCACGAACUGCGAUCAGUGUCGCUAGGGAGUGCGGCAUGGUGGGACAAUCGGCUCAAGUGUUCAUUCCCAACUUUCUGGAAGGCAACGCCAAGGACGCCCGCUCCACGCUGGAGUGGUUCAGCGUUGACGACGAGCGGAUCAAUCUGGACUCGCACUCUCUGAAGCCGAUUGUGGUGGAUCCGCACGUUUAUGACUUUGAGGAGUUCGAGCUGCAGGACUACCAGCUGGCGUUAACCGGCGAGGUUUUCCGGUGGAUGGUCGACUUUGCGCCAAUCGACACGCUGCGGCGGAUGCUGAUCAAGGGCACGAUCUUCGCGAGAAUGUCGCCGGACGAGAAGCACGAACUAAUCGAGCGGCUGCAGGCGCUCGGCUACACGGUUGGCAUGUGCGGGGACGGCGCGAACGAUUGCGGCGCGCUCAAGGCGGCGGACAUUGGCAUAUCGCUCUCUGAGGCCGAGGCUUCGGUCGCUGCGCCGUUCACGUCACGCUCGCCGGACAUAUCGUGCGUGAUCGAAGUGAUCAAGGAAGGGCGCGCGGCGCUGGUGACGUCGUUCAGCUGCUUCAAGUACAUGGCGCUAUACUCGCUGAUCCAGUUCACCAGCAUCACGAUCCUCUACAGCUUUGCGAGCAGCCUGGGUGAUUUCCAGUUCCUGUACAUCGACCUAUUCAUCAUCCUCCCCGUCGCGGUGGCGAUGGCGCGGACGCUUCCGUUCCCGCAGAUUCACCCGAAGCGGCCGACGGCGAACCUAGUGUCCAAGAAGGUGCUCGUGUCCAUGGUCGGGCAGGUGCUUAUCUGCUCUGUCGCACAGCUGUUCGUGUUCUACUACGUGCGCAAGCAGCCAUGGUACAUGCCCGCGCCGAUUGACCCGGACGAGCUGAACGUGGUGAACCCGGAGAACUCAGCGCUGUUCUUCGUGUCAUCGUUCCAGUACAUCCUCGUCGCGGCUGUGUUCAGCGUCGGAGCGCCGUACCGCAAGCCGAUGUACACCAAUCCGAUGCUGGUCAUCUCGCUGACGGCAUUGACCGCUUUCUCCCUGUACUGCCUCUUCUCGACGUCAGGCUAUGUGUUCGACCUGCUGGGCCUAGUCACGUUCCCGCCUUCGUUCCACUGGUUGCUGUUUGGCGUCGUGCUGCUUAACACGGGCGUGUCGUUCGCGUUCGAGUCGUGGGCGAUCCGCCCGACGAUCCGCGCGCUCAAGGCGCUUCAGCGCGCUUACAUGCGUGUCCGCUACGGCCGCGACGGCUGGCGCACACGGCACCGCAGCCAUGAUAGCAAGCUGUACAAGGCUGUCGCCGCUGGCAUGGCCAGGGACGGCCAAGCGUGAGGCGGGCUGUGUGUACACGCAUGACAUACAUACACGCAUACAUACACGUAUACAUACAUAGAUAUAUACAUAAAUAAAU